AUGAUACGGCCAGAGCGGUAUGCCCCGCACUCGACGCGGGCUCGAAAGAUGUAUAGGUUCAUCAGGAAUCACCUUCUCCUUUUCCCCGGGACCAUCCUGGCGGCCGGGUCGGGUCCAUCAGACGAGCAAAAACCACUUACAUCUCGGACGUGCCUCGCCCCCCUGCCAGCAUCGGACUCUCAAGCCGCCGGCAGCUUCCCGGAUUGUACGCGGGAUCCUCUUUGCUCCAUCAACGUGUGCGACGAAUCCCUCUCUCCAAACGAACGGGCCAGGGCGCUGGUAGCUGAGCUCACGAUCUGGGAGAAGCUCGAUAACCUCGUCAACGAGGCGCCCGGUAUUCCGAGACUCGGAAUCCCGCCGUAUGAGUGGUGGUCCGAGGGCCUCCACGGCGUCGCGUCGUCCCCCGGGACCAAGUUUGCAAAGAGCGGCAACUUUAGCUAUGCGACGUCGUUUCCGCAGCCAAUCGUCAUCGGCUCGGCCUUUGAUGAUGAGCUGGUGAGGGCGAUUGGGGAGGUGGUCAGCAAGGAGGCGAGGGCCUUUAGCAAUGAUGGUCGAUCUGGACUGGACCUCUAUUCUCCCAACAUCAACGCCUUUAAAGAUCCCCGUUGGGGACGCGGUCAAGAGACGCCCGGCGAGGACCCUUUCCACCUCCAAAACUACGUCGCAGCGAUGCUCACGGGCCUCGAGGGGACCGACAAGUCCAAGAAGCUAGUCGCGACGUGCAAGCACUUCGCGGCCAACGACUUUGAGCACUACCAGGGCGUCGACCGCGCCGGGUUCGACGCCAUCAUCACCACCCAGGAACUCUCCGAGUACUACCUCCCUCCCUUCAAAACGUGCGCCGUCGAGAAGAAUGUCGGAUCCUUCAUGUGCAGCUAUAACGGCAUCAACGGCACACCACUGUGCGCGAAUUCGUAUCUCCUUGAAGAUAUCCUCCGACGGCAUUGGCGGUGGGAUGGGGAUGGGCAGUACAUCUCCACGGACUGCGACUGCGUCGCCCUCAUGGUUUCGUAUCAUCAUUACGCGCCGGACCUGGGACACGCCGCGGCGUGGUCGAUGAAGGCCGGCACCGAUCUGGAGUGCAACGCGUUCCCUGGUUCCGAGGCCCUGCAGUUGGCCUGGAACCAGUCUCUCAUUUCCGAAAAGGAGGUUGACAGGUCGCUCACGAGGAUGUACACGGCGCUGAUCUCCGUCGGCCAGUUUGACUCUGCCCGAGAGCAGCCCUUGAGAUCAUUACUCUGGCAAGACGUCGACACAGAGGAGGCGCGAGAGCUUGCGUACAGAGCAGUCAUCGAGGGCUCGGUGCUCCUCAAGAAUGACGGACUCCUGCCUCUCUCUCCAGAUUCGGGCAAGAAAUAUGCGCUCAUCGGUCCCUGGGCCAAAGCUACGACGCAGAUGCAAGGCAACUACUUUGGUCCCGCACCGUACCUGAUAUCUCCAUACCAGGCCGCUCAGGAUCACGGGCUCGAUUUUACAUACACGCUAGGCUCCAAGAUCAACGCCUCGGACGAUUCGCUUUCUGACGCUCUCAAAUCCGCAGCGGAAGCAGACAUAAUCAUCUUCGCGGGCGGCGUCGACAACACGUUGGAAGCCGAGACGCUCGAUCGCAAGACCCUGGCCUGGCCGGCGCCUCAGUUGGAGCUUCUCCGCGCCCUCGCCGAGGUCGGUAAGCCGGUCGUCGUGCUUCAGUUUGGCGGCGGGCAGGUGGACGACACGGAGCUCCUGGCCAGCGACUCUAUCCGCGCGAUUCUAUGGGGCGGGUACCCUGGCCAGUCCGGGGGCAAGGCCGCUUUGGACUUGCUCUUUGGACGCGAGGCACCGUCUGGGAGGCUGUCUGUUACGCAGUACCCGGCGGUUUAUAACGACGCAGUUCCGUCGACGGAUAUGAAUCUCCGACCAGUCCCGGGUAACUCGGGCCUCGGACGGACAUACAUGUGGUACCUCGGCGAGACGCCCGUGGCAUAUGGGUUUGGCUUGCACUAUACGACUUUUGACGUCACACUCAAAGCGCUACAGGAGCCUGCUGUAAUCGAGACUACAAAAGUCACGUAUGUAGCAGACAGCAAGGACUCUAGGGCGCCAUCGUGGCAAAAGACCUUGGAGAGACCGAUGCUUACUGUUGCCGUGACGGUGACCAACACUGGAGACGUUGCCUCGGACUACGUGGCACUGCUAUUCCUCAAAUCGGAAGCUGGUCCUGAACCUAGGCCGCUCAAGACCCUUGCAGGGUACACUCGCUUCAGAGGCAUUCAGCCCGGUCAGGCUGUAGUGAAGGAAGUUGUCAUCACCGUUGAAAGGUUGGUACGAGUCGACGAGCUGGGAAACCGAGUGCUGCAUCCUGGCUCGUAUGAGGUGUUUGUGGAUCUGGAUAAGAAAGCGAUUCACAAAUUCCACGUGGGUGGUCCGGCGGUGAUUGUUGAGGAGUUUCCACAACCGAGAGUUUGA